AUGUCUUCUAUGAAGGUCCACGCUUCUUCCCCCCGUGGCUCACCCACUCCGUUGGGCAAUGGCCAUAGCGUGAUAUCUGUUCAAGGUAGCACUGGGGGUGUCACUGCUUCGCCUGGAAACAUGUUGAGUGAGAGCAACAUAGCAACCCUUCGAUCAUCGGACGGUCAGCAGAAUGUUGCAACUGGAAACUAUUCCAUGCAGCGCUGGCUUCAAGACGACACACGUAUGCCGGGCAGGUCCAACAAUGGUACUGUCGCUACAAACGGAGACUCUUCUCAUAUCGCCUCCAGCGGAGGCCCGAACAUGGUUGUGGUACACCAGACACAGCUCAAUCUCCCUAACUCCCCUCACGACAUCCGCUAUGUCGGCUCUUGGACGGGUCAGCUUCCCAUCCGUAAGAAGAACAACCAGCACUAUGGGUCGAACCAUUAG